GUGUAUGUCGGCGUCUGCUUUGGUGAGAUAAAUACAACCAUUGACUUUCAAUUGCCAUCAAUUUUAAUUUUUUUACAUUUUUGAAGGGUUACAUAUACGCUCUCCACUCAAGGCACUGCCCUUAGACAUGGCACCCAACUCUGUUGAUGAUGCCUACUCUACCUGCACAAAGGAAAUGUCAAGACAGGUUCUGUCCAAGUACCUAACCAAUGAACAGAACUCAAAUGCUGAUUUCAAAAAAGCAUGGAACAGAGCACAGAAAUCCAACAAGCACAAAAAUCCAGGAAAAGGUCUGACCGAAAACCACGCGAUCGCCAUUCGAGUGUACACCAAUGGUCAACCCAAGAUCUAUGACAAGUUUAAUGCAGCUGUGCGCGAUGGCAGGGGUAUUUACAAAACCAACUUCAACUACCAUGCUCUUCAUUUCCUGCUAACUGAUGCCCUCAAGCACCUAAAGAAGAACCAGAAGAGGGGGAAGUGUGUGACCACCUACCGCAGAACCAAACUGGACUAUCACACAAAAGUCAACCAGGAGAUCCGAUUCGGAUACUUCACAUCCACCUCUUUGAGUAAAGGUCUCACCCAUUUUGGCAAGAAGUCCUGCUUUGAAAUCGAGACCUGUCAUGGUGCAGCUCUGGGAACCUUCUCACAUUUGCCUGACGAGGAAGAAGUACUGAUCCCACCCUAUGAGAAGUUUAAAGUUAAGAACAUUAAGAAAAAUGACUGGUGUGAUGUAGUGUACACACUGAGCAGCACUGGUACCAUUAGUCAUUUGGAUUGUGCGCUAAUUAAAGGUUAA